AUGCACUUUCAUACCACCUUGCUCAGCGGUCUAGCUAUUCUUCCAGUGGUUCUAGCUUCCUGGCCUUUCUUCGAUACCACAAAAAAGACAUCGGCAACCCCCUACCGCAAUGAGCAACCGAAUGUGAAAGUCGAGACCCUCUUUCAAUUUCCCAACAAUGGCUCAUGGAUCGACAAUAUGGUAGUUCGAUCAGACGGAAACCUUCUUCUCACGCGUCUGGACACCCCUGAAGUUUGGCUUUUCAAUCCUACAAGCGGAAACGCGACCCUCGCCUACUCAUUCCCCAACGUCACGAGCUGCUUCGGAAUCAGUGAAAUCGACGACGAUGUCUUCGCAGUUGUUGUUGGUAAUUUCUCUCCCAAAACCUUCCAGCCAGGUCCAGGCUCGUUCUCUGUUCAUAAACUAGACUUCACCAAGAUGGAUGCUGGGGAGAACGAGCGCGUGUUGGAAUCACCAAAGUCCUCGAAGAUCGUCGCAAUGCCAGACGCUGAAGCUUUGAAUGGAAUGGCCACCUUCUCACGCGGGUCAAAUUUGGUUCUCAUUGCCGAUAGCCCCAAGGGGAUAAUAUGGAAGGUCGAUACCGAAACAGGGGAUUACUCUGUUGCACUGAAUGAUACUACAAUGGCACCGGCGGAGGGCCAGGCUCUUCCUCUUGGUGUCAAUGCCCUUACAGUUUUUGGUGACUAUGUGUACUAUACCGGCACGACACGAAUGGUAUAUUGCAGGGUCAAGGUGGACGAGGAUGUGAAACCAAUCGGAGAUUUCGAGGUUAUUGCUAGUGGAUUCCUACCGGACAACAUUGAGAUAACCGCGGAUGGCACUGCGUAUAUUCCGACAGCUCCCCAGAACUCAGUUGUGCGCCUCACACCUUCUGGGCAGAUAUCUCUCGUUACAGGUGGCCAAGUAUCUACGGGACUGGCAGGUCCAAGCUCGGUUCGAUUGAGCAAAGAUCGACAGACACUCUAUGUUGGCACCAACGGUGGUCAAAUUGCGCCUGUUUUGGGCUCAUUCAUCGAGCCUGCAAAGAUUGUCAAGAUCUCGUUCGAGGAAUAG